AUGAAUCAAUUUGCGACCGCAAUAAUUGGCUGCUUGCGGCAAAGCUGGAUUCCUCAAGUUACAAGUGUUCGUUUUCGCUACCAUGCAGAAAAAAUUGACGCAGGUCCUUUGAAGAGGAGAUACGGGUACAAAGACAGAUUGUUUAAAGGAGGCCUUUUACCUAGAUUGGAAUGCGGUCAUAAGCUUCCAAUGCCUGAUUAUAGGCCAAAGAAUGUUUGGUCAGAAAAGCGAGCACUAUUUGGACAGAAUGAUUACAUUGAUAUACUUGGCAAUGGAAAUAUCCAUCCCACCAAAAUACUAUAUAACGUACCUAGAUGGCUCCGGGGAUUUCAUGGUAACGAAUAUCAAGUUUUGUUACGUAAAAGGAAAAUAUUAAAGAAUACAAUAUACCCUGCUAUUAGACCAACAAAAUGGAAAAUGUUAGAGAAGCGAAUAGGUUACCUGUAUCGCUAUCUUAACCGGGAAACAAAAACUGGUCUAUCUAAGCAGUGA